UAUGAGACUCUCAAAGAGACGUCAUAUUACUAACGUACUUUUGACUGUUUUCUGCAUCUUUAUACUCUAUACGCUUAUACCAAAGAGGCCGAUUAAGAGACUAGUGAGCUAUCUGACCGGCUAUCAUGCUAUAAACAAAUGUAACCCCUUAGUAAGCCCCGUGAAGAGCAAACAUCCAGUAAUCGCUCUGCUAGGAUCAGAUGAGUCUGGUGUAGAAGUCCUCCGUUUCCUUAUAGAACAACUAAGCGGUUUCUAUACUGGAAGCGUAAGAGAGGCAAAUAGUGAUAUUUUUGACUUAGACGGCCAUACAGGGCCAGAGGUGAUUGCCAUUCAAGCGGAAGAGCUUUCAGAUUUAGGUCAUGUAAAUGGUUUGGUAGUUGUCUAUAGGAAAUUAGAAGAUAUUGUAAGAGCACAAUUCUCGAAGAAGGUUGGGAAAGGAGUUUUCGCAGAAGCGCCUUUAAGAGCUUACUACGGCCCUAAUUGGAAGAGUUUUGCAAUUAAUCAUGGCAAUAGAUGGGAGACGCUCUACCGAAGUUAUUUUGCAGUUAAAAAACUCCCAACAUUGAUAAUACAUUACGAAAUGCUUUUAAAUCGGGAAGAUAUGAGAUCUGAAUUAAAUAAAGUAGCCAAUUUCUUUCAUUUUCCAGUCUGGUCGACAAUAGAGGAUUGUGUUGUCAGCGGUAAUUUAGACGAAACCCUGAAACUUCUAUAUCCAAAAAAAUUAAAACCAGGAUUUAAGCCAUUCUCAUUUCUACCUAAAUAUCAUAUGGAUCGUUUUCGAAAGGUACAAAGUGAAAUUGAUGAUAUAGUUAAAAUGAAAGAGGAAAAAUAUGUUCCUUUGACAUUAGCUGCUCAAGAGAAGGUUUAA